AUGAAAGGGCAAGCCUCGACGCCGCACCAGGCCCUUGGCAUCUUCCUCUUGCUCCUGAUCUAUGCUUUUCGCCUCGAUCGGAAGCGCUUCACCUCGCGGAGAAAUCUGGAGACGUCUUUGCUGGUGGAGGGAAAACCAGAUUGUGAGGAGGCCUACGAUGACGUUCACGAGGAGGAUGCAGAGGAGCCGGUGGCGGCGAAGGACCAGGUGAGACUGUCGGUAGAGGCCGAGGUUGCAGCUUUCACCUGCGCCAACUGCACUUGGUGCCUCGCCGUGAUGUUCGAAACGCCCGAAGCUGACUUGCUGGCGGAGCUCCUAAAUGCCAAGGAGGUUUUCGUCCAUCGCUGCAUCUCCGCCAUCUACGCUUACGCCAGCCAAGCUGACUGGCAGAGCAUUCGCGCCGCGGAGACUGACAUCGGCGAGACGAAUGUGCGACACUGGGAGACAUCUGCACUGUCCGUCACCGUUCGGGAUUUCGUUCACAUGAAUGAAAAGGUAGACCAUGGUCGAAAGAAGGCGUUCGCCGCCAGGCAGUUUCUUUCCAGCCCGUUUGUGCUGCGAGUUCUUCUUUUAAUGCGGGCCAAGCAUCCGUGGAUCGCCCUGCAGUUUGUGAGCCUCUUCCGCUCCCACACCAUCCGCGCGGCCCUUCUCAUCCUCAAGCUGAUUUCUGCGGCAGCACUGAACGCGCUUUUCUUCUCCGGAUCAGCCAUGUCCGGGAGUUCUGAUGACGGCUGUGUGCCGGAAACCUUCGCGGAGCGCAUUUGGCGUGCCACAAUCAUCGGUCUCCUCUCGGCCUGCUUGGGGGACGUGCUCAUUGUAUUGAUGGCCCUGGUGCAGCGACGACGAGUCAUUGUUCGGGAGAGGUGGACUCCAAAGGCCCGGGCGCGUCAGUUGCGGCGAUGGCGGCUGCGGAGCUUCCUCUUCUGGCUGAUGUGGCCUCUUGGCUCUUGUGGCAGCUCGGGGUUGAGGCAUAUGGAGCAUUCGUUGCCUGGGCACUCGGUGGAGAUUUUGGAUGAUUUGACAGCAGGCUCCUGCAGAGGUCUGGCUGGGGAAGUCUUGCGUCGAAGAGUAGGUCGGAAAUACGGUUGUAACACAGUCGCUUUGUCUUCGCAUCGUGAGUGCACCUUCCAUCGGAACGAAGUUGACAAACCUCCUGCUCUUGGGCGGCCAAGCCGAGUAAGACCGUCUCGCUCACGUCGCGAAGAUCUGGAUCCCCUCGUGCUUGCAGUUGGCCCUGCCAGGGCUUUGCUGCGUUGA